UGCUUGGUUACCCUGUUCGGGUUUAGCCCCUGAAGAUGCAAGGCUCCGCUUAGCUCGAUCCGACUCCGGGAUCCCGGGUACCUAAGCAACCACCAUCAUUGGGCUAUCUUGGCGCAACGGUUUGGGCCAUCUAUUCGCACUAGACUCUAGGCGACAGCCAAAUGCGCGCAGGGGUCAUGAAUACCGUUCCGAGAUAUCACUAAUCCCAUCGCUAUAUAGUAAGCACGAUUUUGAGCUGCAAACUUGAUUAAAAUGUGGUUGAAAUUCGUGACAACACCUCAUUGGGACACAAGCUCAGGCAUUGCAGUGAUCUUGUCAACUGUUGAUGAUCCAGACCACACCAACGGGGAGCCGAAACAACGCCGCGCCAAUUCACCCACAAUUACCUAGUCGACUUAUCAGUCAGAACAAGAACAAUGAAGGUUUUAAUUACAGGCGCGACGGGGACGAUAGGCAGUGAAAUUUUUCGACACUGCCUGGCCCAUCCCGACAUCACCAGCGUCGUUGCCAUAACACGCCGGAGCCUGCCAGAGGCUGUAUCUAGUCAUCCCAAGCUCACCUCUGUCGUCAUGCAAGACUUCAAGAUUUGGCCCCGGGAGAUGCUCCAGUCCCACAGUGACGCGGCCGGCAUGAUCUGGGCGCUAGGCGGGUCAGAAGGCAACGCCACCGUCAAUCUGGAAUUCCCACUGGCCUUUAUGACCGCCAUGGCCGAUGUCCUUGAGUCCGAGCACCGGGCUGCCGAGGUUCAAAUCGGAAAGACAAUGAGACAAAAGUUCCGAUUCAUCUACCUGAGCGGGGCGUUUGUAGAGAGGGAUCAAAACAAGAAAUUAUUUCUUGAACGAGACCCGCCGAACAAAGAUUUCUGUGUUUUUCCGGCAGCGAGAAAGCUCAAGGGCGUGACCGAGACGGAGUCGCUGGCAUUCGCGCAGGAACAUGCACAUGUAUGGCAGGCGCUCAUCGUACGGCCAGGAGGCGUGUUCCCCAAGGAUUCAAUCGCGACAUCGAUGCUCAGCUGGGUGCUUGGAGAAAACUGGGUGAUUGGCAGGGAGGAGCUUGCUGCGUUCAUGACAGAUCUUUGCGUGAAUGGCGCGGAGGAGAGGAACAAGACCAUGUUUGAGAACGCCGGUAUGUUGCACAAGGGAAGGGCUCUGCUGCUUCAAGGGACGGCCAGCGCGGUCGCGGUAAACACUUAGAACUAGUCAUGAACUACGUAGCUAGAACCACCAUUUUACGAACAUUCCCCAUGUCGCCAUAUAUGUUCUUUUGGUGCGAUGUUCUCUGGGGAGAGCCCUG